UUGAAUUUUAUUUUACCAAAAUUAAUAGACUUCUCUGUCUUUUUUUUUGUUUAUGAAAACGUGAACAACCAAAAACAAAAAGGAUGUCGACACCACAUUUUCUUUUGAGCAAUGGAAAAAGCAUGCCUAUGGUAGGACUGGGUACUUGGCGAAGUCCACCAGAAAUUGUUACUCAGGCUGUAAAGGAAGCAAUUGAUAUUGGAUACCGGCACUUGGACUGUGCUUACAUAUAUGGAAAUGAAGCGCAAAUUGGCGCUGCUAUAUCCGAAAAGAUUAAGGAAGGUGUCGUUACACGGGAUCAGCUAUUCAUAACAAGUAAAUUAUGGAACACGUAUCACAGACCUGAUAUGGUUCGUGCUGCCUGUGAGACAAGCAUGCGGAGUCUAGCUGUUGACUAUUUGGAUCUGUAUUUAAUGCAUUGGCCAAUGGCCUACAAGUCCGGUGACAAUCUAUAUCCAACUUGCCCAGAUACAGGCAAGGCGGCGUUUGAGGACAUCGAUUAUGUGGAUACAUGGAAGGCAAUGGAGGACUUGGUGGAAAGAGGUUUGUGUCAUGCGAUUGGUGUUUCAAAUUUUAAUGAACAGCAAAUCAACCGACUGCUGAGCAUGGCCAAGCUAAAGCCUGUUGUGCUUCAGAUCGAAUGCCAUCCUUACCUGCGCCAAAAGUCGCUGAUCACACUUUGUUAUGACAACGCAAUUGCAGUCACUGCGUACAGUUCGUUGGGAUCGGCCCAUACACCCUAUGAGAAGCCCGGCACAUACCCACUGCUACACCAUCCCAUCAUCUUGGAAAUAGCAGCCAAGUACGAUCGCACCCCUGCCCAAGUCCUGCUUCGUUAUCAAACUCAAUCGGGUAUUAUUGUCAUUCCCCGCUCUGUUACCAAACAACACAUGUAUGAGAACUUCAAGAAAAUUUGGGACUUCGGACUGGAUAAUGAUGACUUGCAGGCAAUCGAUAAUCUUGACUGCAAUGGACGCUUUAUGACGAUGAAAGCAGCCUUUGGCCAUCCAUAUUAUCCAUUUUGUUAAUCUUCAGGUAUGAACAAUAGUUUUGUGGAGAGCGGAAGCUCUCGUAAUGGAAAUUACGGUCUAUAUGCUAAGAAUAUUAAUUAUUAAUAUACUAAUACAAUAGUGUACAGUUUUUCACAAUAUGUCUAAAGGUGAAUCCUGUUAAUCGAGAUAAUUUAUGCAUAC